GAGAGCCCUUCUUGGCAGGGCCCGCAACGCCGCUAGCUGCUCGCCUGCCGCAGGAGCCGGGGGCGCGGGCCCGGCGCUCUCUUGUCUUUCUUUCUCGGGUCUCUGCUGCUUCUUUGCAAACCACGGGAAGAAGGCGCCCUCUCCUUAGCGGGCCGGGAGCUGCAGAGGCAUCGCGGGGCGCGGCCGAUGGGAGGAGAAAGGAGAGAGGGAGCGGAGCCGGCCCGGGCCCAGCCGUGACUCGCGGGGCUGCGGCUCCGCCAAUCUGCGGGCGCUGACGCGGGGGGCGGCUCCGCGGUGCUGGGAUAUCUGCCCGCCCGGGGCGCGGGGCGCCGAGGCUCGGCCGUGCAGGAACUGCGCUCCGGGACCGCCGUUGCACCUGCCUGGGGACCUCGCCGGCCGCCCCGUGCGCCCCCUCCCGCUCCUGCCCCUUGCUACGUCCCUUCGGCCUUUCACCUGGUCCCCAUCUCCCGGCUACAGUGUGAAACCGCAGAGCCCUGCCCGAAGGAGCUGCCCCUCUCCGCCUGCCCAGAGCCCAGCGCGGCCCACGAAGCUCACGGAGAGGAUCGAGCUGUGGAUUGGAUCGCCUCGCGCAGCCGCUGCCACUGUCCCCGGCCAGUCGCGCCCCAACGGGGAUGGGACGCUGUGUCGGGCCCCCGGGCGCCUGAUGAGCGUGGCCGCAGCCCGGGACACCCGCGCUGACCGCUCUGUUCGCGGGACCUCACCCGGUUGCUCCUUGCACUUCCAGCUCCGUGGAGCAGGGCAAGUGGGCCCGGCCGCUGAAGGCGCGGCCGCGCGGGAGAGACUGAGAGGGAACGGUCCGGAGAUGGACCCAAGAGCCGGCGCUUCGGUGGCAGGCGCCCUACACGUUGUGCGGGCCCAGGGACAGCCCUGGAGCUGGUAGCUGCCUGGGCGCCGGAUGGACCUUGACCUGCGAGGCAGCGCCGCGUUCGUGCCGAGCCGAAGCUAGAGGGGCGCGGGUAGAGAGUGCUGUAGGAGGCUCCCGGAGCCCCAGGCCCCAUUGCCUGCGCGGCUAUGAAGAUGAUCCUGGUGCGCAGGUUCCGCGUGCUCAUCCUGAUGGUGUUUCUGGUGGCCUGCGCGCUGCACAUCGUGUUGGACCUGCUGCCGAAACUGGAGCGGCGCGCUGCGGGGCCGUCCGGGGAGCCCGGGUGCUCGUGCGCUCAGCCGGCUGCCGAGGUGGCAGCUCUUGGAUGGGCUAAGGCACGGGGCCACCCUGGGGAGCCCCCGGCCGCCGGCGACGCGGGCUGGCCCAACAAGCACACGCUGCGCAUCCUGCAGGACUUCAGCUCCGACCCCUCCUCCAACCUCACGUCCCACUCGCUGGAGAAACUGCCUCCAGCAGCUGAGCCGGCCGAGCGCGCCGUUCGGGGCCAGGGUCCCGGCGCCCUGCGACCCCGAGACCCUGCUCACCGGCCGCUGCUUCGAGACCCCGGCAACCGGCGGUCGGUGCCGCCUCCUGGUCCGGGCGGGGAUGGCUCCCUCUUGGCUAGGCUAUUUGAACACCCGCUCUACCAGGUGGCUGUUCCGCCGCUAACGGAGGACGAUGUCUUAUUUAAUGUGAACAGUGACCCCAGGUUCAGCCCAAAGUUGGCAGAGAACCCGGACUGGCCACGUGAAGGUGCUGAAGGUGAAGGGCUCUUGUCCACUGGGGAGGCGGCUGUGGACUCCUAUCCUAACUGGCUCAAGUUCCACAUUGGCAUUAACCGUUAUGAGUUAUACUCCAGGCAUAACCCAGCAAUUGAGGCUCUGCUGCAUGAUCUUGGCUCCCAGAAGAUCACUAGCGUGGCCAUGAAGUCAGGGGGCACUCAGCUGAAGCUGAUCAUGACGUUCCAGAAUUAUGGGCAGGCCCUCUUCAAGCCCAUGAAGCAAACCAGGGAGCAGGAGACACCCCCUGACUUUUUCUAUUUCUCUGACUACGAGAGGCACAAUGCAGAGAUCGCUGCCUUCCACCUGGACAGAAUCCUGGACUUCCGUCGGGUCCCUCCAGUGGCGGGCAGGAUGGUCAACAUGACCAAGGAAAUCCGGGAUGUUACUCGAGAUAAGAAGUUGUGGAGAACCUUCUUCAUCUCUCCAGCCAACAAUAUCUGCUUCUACGGGGAGUGUUCCUACUACUGCUCCACCGAGCACGCCCUGUGUGGGAAGCCAGACCAGAUCGAGGGCUCGCUGGCAGCCUUCCUGCCUGACCUGUCCCUGGCCAAGAGGAAGACAUGGCGGAACCCCUGGCGGCGCUCCUACCACAAGCGCAAGAAGGCCGAGUGGGAAGUGGACCCAGACUACUGUGAGGAAGUGAAGCAGACGCCUCCCUACGACAGCAGCCACCGCGUCCUGGACAUCAUGGACAUGACCAUUUUUGACUUCCUCAUGGGAAACAUGGACCGCCACCACUAUGAGACGUUUGAGAAGUUUGGGAAUGAGACAUUCAUCAUCCACUUGGACAAUGGAAGGGGGUUUGGGAAGUACUCACAUGACGAGCUGUCCAUCCUGGUGCCCUUGCAGCAGUGCUGCAGGAUCAGGAAGUCUACCUACCUGCGUCUUCAGCUGCUGGCCCGGGAGGAGUACAAGCUGAGCCUGCUCAUGGCAGAGUCUCUGCAGAAGGACCGGGUGGCGCCCGUCCUAUACCGGCUGCACUUGGAGGCUCUGGACCGGCGGCUACGCGUUGUGCUGCAGGCCAUCCGGGACUGCAUUGAGAGGGACGGACUCCACAGUGUGGUGGAGGACGAUCUGGACACCGAGCACAGAGUCUCUUCUGCAAGGUAGUGACCUGCCACUGCCACUUUGCCUGCCUGGACAAGAUGAGGAGGGAGCCGGGGCUCAGGGGACCCCAUGUACCACAUCGUGAAUUCAGUGAAUUCAGAGACUGGACAGACCAAUGGUCCCCAGGUUGUGAACUGCGGCCCCGGAAGGCUGAAUUCGUUCCACUGAGGGUCUGAUAGGACGUGUUGUGUUAGUUUUUGAACCCAGAACAUGUUGGGAAGGAAGUACUAUCUGUGCUCACGGACAGAGGCAGCUGUGGUGGGGGUGCUCUGUCCUAUUUGUAGGGAAAGAAAGCCUUCAUUUACUGUUUUGUAUUUAUAUAAAGUGGAUAUGCGUAUAAACAGGCAUACACACAGACACAGAUCACCUACCCAGCUAACAGGAGGGCUGUCCUUCCCUCUCGGACACAUCUAGCUGUUAGUGCUUUCACACUCUGGACCUGAUUUAAAAUAAAGACGACUCUUCUCCGUCCCAGAGCCUCAGCACUCAGAGGGCUGGAGGGUCUUGUCUGCAGGCGGGAGGUGGCUCCCAAGGGACAUUAGGCCUGUGUGUUAUGGCCGAAUCCACAAAUGUGGGUUCCAGAUGAUGUAAUGACCAGUUAUUCUACUCAUCUCUUGCAACCAGCAGCCUCUGACUUCCCUUUGGACAGCGGUGUAAUCACGUCACACAGGGUCCACUGCACAGUGAGUAGUAGGUUUGCCUCUGCAGCAUUUUUGUGGAAUAGUUUGCAAUGUGGUAAAUGUGCAAUAAAGAUAUGGCAAGUGUG